AGUAUAUUCAAUUAGAUCACAAGUUUUGCAUAACAAUUUGAAAUUAGAAAAACAAGCAAACAAAUAUAUUUAUACAGAGCCCCAUAUUUAUAAAUUUUUGAAGAAACAAUGUCAAGUGCUCAGCUCAAUGCAGGCCAAACUCAUGGUCAGGCUCAGGCCAAGACGGAGGAGUGGGUUCAAUCUGCCCAAAAUGCAGCAAACAAAACCUGUGACAAGAUGGCAGAUUCUAAGGAAUCGGCCCAACAUGGGAAGGAAGAGAGUGCAGGAUUCCUUCAACAGACUGGAGAGAAAAUGGUGAACAUGGCCCAAGGUGCUAUAGAUGGUAUGAAGAACACACUUGGAAUCAAUGAACAUGAAAAGAAGUGAAAACAAAUACCAUCCCAUCUCUCAAAUCAAACAUGGUGUGUGAGCUUUCCAUUUUAGGUUUUGGUAGGGGUUUACCUUCCAACCCAUAAGUGAUAUAUAUAAUGGGUGCAAGUGAAGAAAGUUAUUUAAUGAUGAUUGUGAGAUUUCUAUUAUAAGAAAACUCUUAUAAUCAGAUGUAAUAAAGGCUAUUAUUAGCUUUAGCAAUGUUGCAGAGAUUGCUAGAGUGAAGUGAUGUCAUAUUAAUUUUGGUUUUUAGGGUUUUAUUAGAAUUUUGAUUCUGCCUAAUGGGUAGAUGGUGAAAUUGUUCAAUGAUAUGUGAUUUUCAUUAACAGAAGUCCAAUAGUAUGUAAUAAAAAGCUCAACAACACUGCAAAUUUACUGCAAAUAUUCAACAGUAUUUGCUCAUUUUUA